UUGGUAAUAGUGUUUCAAUAUGGCGUGCUAAGGAGACAUGGAAAAGUAGUGACUCGCAGACCAAACCGCUUUCGCUUCUUCAAUCCUAGCUUUUAUUCGAUUAAGAACGCUUCCUGCUCGUUAUUUUGCGAUAACCAACGUUUAGCUGAAUUUUUAAUUACAAUGGAUACUGGCGAAGAAGAGGCACUCUCGCCGAAUUCGGGGGACAAUUCUGCCUCCAGCCCAAUGUCUAAUGAUAAUAGUGCUUCAAAAGCGAAUAGCCCGCCAGCAUCACCUACCGCAUCUGCAUCUCCCCGGAGCGCAUCUGGAUCGUCUAGGUCACGCAGCAACUCGCCAGCCAACCCUAAAUCCCCUGAUUCUGAAAGGUCGAAUGAUGGAGUUGCGUCCCCAGCCAGAUCCAGGCAGGCAUCCGAGUCCCCAGACAGGAAUGGAAAUGAAUCUCCUAGUAGCAGGCAAGGGUCUGCGUCCCCAAGGUCAUCAAGAAAAGGCUCAAGGUCUCCAAGAUCUCCUGUAGGGUCAAAUCGAUCCAGGUCUGCUUCAGGAUCCCGCUCUCGUUCUGGUUCGAGGAAAGGCUCUGCUGCAGGCUCAAGGGCGUCUUCAAAAGCUUCACAACGAGGAUCGCCAGCCCCUGACAGAUCGCGCUCUCGGUCAGGCUCCAGAGCCGCCAGUGCGGCUUCAAGGUCCAGAAGUCGUUCAGCAAGUGGUUCGAGGAAAGCGUCAAGGUCGCCAAGUGGCUCAAGAAAAGGAUCCAGAUCGCCCAGUGGCUCCAGGAAAGGGUCCCGGUCAAGAAGUGGGUCAAGGGAAAGAUCAGCCUCACCUGCCAGGUCACGGUCUGGUUCUAGAAAAGGUUCUAGAUCACCCUCUGGAUCACGGUCAAGAUCAAGGUCAGGAAGUGGCUCCAGGCGUGGCUCCCGAUCUAGGUCUGGAUCUCGAUCAAGGUCUGGUUCUCGCAGAGGCUCCAGGUCGCCCUCUGGGUCUAGGAAAGGCUCUAGGUCUAGGAGUGGCUCAAGGUCUGCCGCUGGUUCUAGGAAGGGAUCAAGAUCUAGGUCUGGGUCAAGAAAAAGUUCCCGGUCACGCUCAGGCUCUAGGAAAGGGUCUAGGUCUCGCUCAGGAUCAAAGGCAUCAAGGCGCAGUUCAAGGUCAAGGUCUGCGUCCAGUCGACGUUCCAGAUCUGGCUCGCGUGGCAGCUCUCGUUCUAGAAGUAGGUCUCGGUCGGGCUCUCGCUCAAGAUCAGGAAGUCGCCGGUCUAGGUCUAGGUCUGGCUCGCGGUCCAAGUCUAGAUCUAGAUCUCGCUCUGGUGGAGAAUCAGAAAUUGAGGAGCGUCGUUCUGUUGUGGACUCAGAUGAAGAGGUGGGCGGUCCAUCGCCCAAAAAGAAAAAGAAGCGCAACGCAGUGAGCGAUGAUGAAGGAGAACAGCGUGCAGGAGGAGGCGCUGAGGAGGGUGAGCAGGGUAAAGAAGAGGCCAAAGCAGACACCUCUGCGGCUGAGGGCGCUGCUGCCGCUGCUACUGCCGUCACCGCCGCAGAUGGGUCAGACUCAGAUGAAGGACCUGUUUAUGAUGGCGACCGGGACCAGGGUCUGUCCGACUUUGAAAUCAUGCUUCUGCGCAAAAAGGAAGGCCGCGGCAGGAGAAAAAGAAAGGACAUCGAAAUCAUCAACGAUAACGACGACAUGAUUGCGCAGCUGCUUGGCGACAUGAGAUAUGCUGCCGAAGAGGACCGCAUGCUGAACAUAGCCAAGAAGCCGGCCACAAAGAAGAUAGCCUUGCUGCCAAAGGCAAUGUCACAGAUCAAGAAGAGGGACUUGCAACUGGCGUUUGUGGAGCACAACAUGCUAGCCGUUCUCACUGAGUGGCUGGCGCCAAUGCCAGACAAGUCGUUGCCUGCGCCAAAAAUUAGAACUGAAAUUUUAAGACUUCUAAAAGAGUUUCCUUCUGUCGAUCAACAAACAUUGAAACAAGCGGGCAUAGGAAAGGCUGUCAUGUACUUGUACAAACACCCUAAGGAAACUAAGGAAAAUCGAAUCAUCGCUGGAAAGUUGAUUAACGAAUGGGCGAGGCCAAUUUUCAACGUGUCAGCUGAUUUUAAAGCAAUGAGUAAGGAAGAACGCGAACAGAGAGAUUUGGAGCAGUGUCCUAAGCGGCGGCGCACUUCAGACUACGAUGGCGGGGAAGGACCGUCCAGAGAAAACAUUGAAGGCGCUAUGACAGGUGAUAGAUCCAAGGGUGGUCCUGGCCAGCCUGGUUGGGUGCCCAGGGCUCGCGUGCCGAUGCCAUCGAUGAAAGAUUACGUUGUUAGGCCCAAGUGGAAGGUUGAGACCGACAUAAGCAAAUCCACCAAGAAACAGAUGAACAGAUUUGAGAAGCAUCUCAAGAACUUCCAAGACCUGAAAAGAAGCAAAGAAGCGAGACGAGCCAUUGAUAUAUCAAUCGAAGGUAGGAAGAUGGCGCUUUGAAAAAUUUUAUUGUGAUUUUCCGUACUAUCACAAAGGCUGCAAUUUAUAUUAGCUUAUAUUGGAGACAAACUGGAAAUGUUCGUAGUAUGGCAUUGUUUAAUGGGACUACCAGGACCACACCUUAAUAUUUUUGUUGGAGUACGCAAUUCAUUUUUACCUUUGGCCUCGCCGUGAAUGACCACACGCUGGGUUGAUUAAUUCAACAAGCCCAGAAAUCAGUAUCUGAAUAGCAUAAAUAAUUUAAGUAUCAGCCAUAAUGACAUGAGUUGAUACUGACAAUAUUCUUGUACAGCUGGACUAAUUUUAACUUUAUUUGUAAUUUUGCAUCAGAAAAGUCACUCAAUGCCAUUUUCCUAAAAAUUUCUAAGGGGAUUGUUUCCCUUCCCUUGAAUUGUGGAAGUUAAUAAAGAAUUAUUCAGAUUGGUAAAUAA